CCAGCAAACCCUCAAAUCCAUCCCAUUUCGCCACUCCAACAUACCCAUCAACUUCCUCCCCGCAAUUUCUCACCUCCACACAUAAACAAACCGGGCAACAGCAAAAGAAAACCAACAAUGCCACCCAUAAAAUGCCACACCCGCACCGACUUCCUCAAAAACUACAGAUUCCCACGCACCGCCGAUCCAGACUUCCAACUCAACGGCGAACCCUCAAUAUGGGCGCGCGAAAACCCGCGAUCAUGGUCGGCGGGCGAAAUGGGGUCUGAAACGGAUUCGUUCGAGUUCGGGAAGGCGAUGAAGGUCGAUGCGGAGGGGUUGGAGGGGCUGCAACGACCGCACCGAGGGUUUCAUUCGGCGGUUAGUCCGGAUCGGAAGCUUGUGGCUGUGGGGUCUGAUUAUCGGGUUCUGGUAUACGAUUUGAGGACCAAGGAGUUGAGGCAGGUUUUGGAUGGGGGAGGGGGUCUUGCGUUUCGACCUACUAUGGGGAGUGGGGUGGACGAUGUUGGGGAGGGUGGUGGAGGUGCGAGGUCGGGUUAUACAUUGUUUAGUGGGGCGCCUGAGGCGCAGACUUCGGUCAGGUAUGAUAGUGAGAGGUUGGUGGUGUGGGAGCUGGAUAGAGAGGGGCGGUUGCUGGAUGUCGAGGAGGCUGUUGAUGCGGAUGAUCUGGCUGCGCGAGCCGUUGAAGCGAUUCUGCCCCAGUUGCGGACGACUCAUGAAUGGAGCGCGGAAUUCGUCGAAGCGUCAGACUUGCAUCGGGGUUUCAAAGGCGCGUUGAAUCGCGCUGCGGUGGCUCAUCGUUUGGAGAGCACUGUCGUGAUUGAGAAUGUUGGGUACGGCUUACCGACAUGCAGCAGCGAUGGAAAAUAUCUGUUGUACAGAAAACGUAAAGUCGAAGAUGGGGAAGAAGCGUUCGUCGUCUACGACCUCGAAAACAAUCGCGAAUCGCAUCGUCUGUCUGGACUCGUGGAGAAAGUCAAACGGAUACACUUCACGCCAGAUAACAAAUCCAUUCUCUGCAUCGCCUGCAGCAGAAUCCCCGAGAUUCGUCGGUACUCUGCCUCCACAGGAGAACUAGAAUGGACAUGCGACACCAAAGCCGAAUUCGGCGGGCCCUCCUUCAGUCCCGAUCUAAGAUACCUCCUCUGCAACAAAAACCUCGGGCGGGAACCAGGAGUGAUCCUCGACGUCGCCAGCGGUGAAGUAUGCGGCCACCUCCCAGCAGUGCUAUCCACGACCUGGCUCCGAGAUUUCCGCUGCCAGUGGCAUCCAGACGGUCAACAGAUCGCAGUGUCGUGCAGCAAGACCGCCUACAUAGUGCGACCAUUCGACGGAGACAACGGCGUCAUCACGCAGACUUUCAAGCCGGAGCGAGUCAAGCACGAUGUCAUGUUCGAAUUCACAGGGAUGCAGUGGUGGGAUAACGGAAGAUUGUUGUGUCUUGAGACAGACGAAGGGUCUGCGCUUAUUUACGAUACUCAGACUAACGCCAAAGAAAUGCUUAGACGGGUACAGGGAGAAGAUCAUAAUGCUGUUACUCAGUUUUAUGGGCUGUUUGGUGCCGAAGGUGGGGAGGGAUACUAUCUUAGUGUUCAUGGUGAUGGGAUAGUUCGGUACUGGGAUAGGACUGUUACCACUGCAGAAGAAUAUGCGCAGAUUGCGGAGGCGGAGCGAGAGAAGGAGAAGGAUGCUUUAAUGCCUAGUCCUGGAUGGUGGGAGAAGAAAGAAGGGAAAGAGGCGUUGCCGAAGCGCGAGUACCCCGAGACUGGGAAAUACGUCAAAGUGACCAAGCCUACGAAAGCUGAUGAUAACAAACUCGAUGGGACGCGGGCAGAUUGGGCAGAAAGAGGAGCCGGUCUGUGGACUGCCGAAUAA